AUGAUGCGUGGUGACCAUGACGUCUCGAUUUCAUACUGGAAAGCAUGGAAGUCAAGGGAUAUGGUUGUGGAUAAUGGCCACGGAACGUGUAAUGCUUCUUACAUAAAGCUUCCGUCUUAUCUAAAUAAUCUGGUCUUAGAAAAUCCGGGAUCUUUAGCCAACUUACGCACAGACCAAACCGAGGAAGGGGGCCACCGGUUCAAAUAUAUGUUCCUCGCCUUAGGAGCUUCAAUUGAAGGAUAUAAGGGGAUGAGGAAGGUAGUGGUCAUUGAUGGGACUCAUUUAAAAGGAAGAUAUGCAAGAUGUCUGCUCACGGCAUCAGCCCAAGAUGGGAACUACCAAAUCUUUCCCUUAGCCUUCGCCAUUGUUGAUAGCGAGAAUGACAAGUCGUGGGAGUGGUUUUUCCAAAACCUAUCAGCAUUUGUGCCCAAUGAGCCUGGAUUGGUCGUCGUAUCCGACAGGCAUCCCUCCAUCUACAAAGGGAUUAGCAAGGCGUAUCCAAGUUCAGGCCACUGCAUUUUUGUUCUCCAUCUGAAGAGAAACAUCAGGUCCAAUUUUCGUGGGAGUCAUUUGGAAUACCUAGUUGUGAAGGCAGCAAGGGCUUAUAAGUUGAGCGAUUUCUACGUUACAUUCAACGAGAUUAAAGCGAUGGAUCCAAAGUGUGCAGCAUACCUAAUCGAGAUCGGUUUUGAGCAUUGGGCGCGAUCCCAUUUCCCUGGAAACAGGUACAACGUUAUGACCAGCAACCUCGCUGAGUCUAGGAAUUCUGUUUUGAGCAAGGCGAGAGAGUUUCCCAUUGUCCAAUUGAUCGAUUUCAUCAGGGGGAAGCUAAUGACAUGGUUUGCAAAGAGACGUGAUUCGGCUAGCAAGAGCGGUGGAAUGCUAGCUAUUCCAUGCUCUCACGCCAUUGCUGCUGCACUCAAAGCUAAGAUAAAUGUGGAGGAACUGGUUAUUGAUGAAUACAAGCUAGACUCCCUGAAUCGUGCCUAUGAAGGAAUUAUACUCCCCGAAUCAGCCUCACCAGUGGGAGUAGGAAUGCCUUCUAUUGUGUCUGACCUCUAG